UGCAAUGCUAGGGGGGAAGGCUUCCACGAGUCCGGAAUCUCGUUGUCUAUGCAGUCAUUUGACCCGGGGUGGUGAGGAGAAGCCUGAGUCGAGAGAAGUUAGAUAGGCAUGAGCGCACAAUUAUUUUUAUUUUUUUAUACAUUUACCCUCUCGUCUUUCGGGCAGUAAAAUCAUAGUAAAGGAAUAUUUGAGCCGGUGAGUAAAUGGAUUUAUGAAAAACGACGAACGGAUCUUCUAUCGAUUCUAAAAUCUCUUACAACUGGAGUAGGGGAGAUUUGUGACAAAAGUACAACUAGACUUAAUCAUAUUUUAUUGUAGCCGAUGUAGGCCUAUGCUAAAUGUUUUCCUCUUUCUACGUAGCUACUGACAUUUUGAGUUCUGUGAUCUGGGAUUGGGGCACGCUUUUCUCAGGAGCGAUUUUUCUUUUGAUGCCUUGCACAUUUUAUUUUAUUUUGGGCAAGUAGGGUAAAGGCAAAUAUCUUCUAAAAGUUUCCUCUUAAUACUGGAGUGUCUUUACGGGCUAAAGUUAACGACGUUGGAUAUUCAAGCUUUUAUAAAGUUUUAACAUCAAUCUCGCACUCUUGAGUACGACAUUUUUCUACGCUGGCUGUUUCGUCGACCCUCAAGAAGGUUGGCACAGUGAAUGGCUCACUGCUGAUUCCCCAGAGGUCCCGAUGGCAUUCCAUUCACAGAGCAAUCAACAGCUGUAGCGGCCCUCACAGGAUGUUGGCGGUGCGGAGUACGCUGGUGGUUCUGGCCUUGCUUGCCCACAUUUUACCAUCCCAGGCCCGGCCUGCCAUCCCCGAUGAAGUCAUCCCUGUGCCACCUGUGGAAAUCCAAGCAGAGCGUUACACCCUUUACCCUGGGGACCGACUGGAGCUGAGCUGUAAAACCGACUCGGUCAACUGGACCAAGGACCAUGCAGUGGUGCUGGACGGGGAGCACACACGCUUACGAGAUGGCCAGCUGGAGAUCGAGGGGGUGGAGCCGGCUGACUCGGGCCUGUACACCUGCGUCACCUUUGGCAACCACAGCUCUUACUUCUCUGUCAAUGUCACAGUUGAUAUCCUGGCAUCCUCUGAAGAUGAAGACGAGGAGGAUGAGUCUUCCUCAGAGGAGGCAAAGAUGUCUAGCAGUCAAAAGCUUUUACCAAUGGCCCCUCAGUGGGCUCAGCCCGAGAAGAUGGAGAAAAAGCUACAUGCUGUCCCAGCCAGUAAGACGGUCAAGUUCCGCUGCCAGGCCAGUGGAAACCCCACCCCAACACUCAAGUGGUUCAAGAACAGCAAGGAAUUCAAGAGGGAUCAGCGCAUCGGGGGCUUCAAGGUUCGAGAACACAUGUGGACCAUCAUCAUGGAGUCUGUAGUGCCAUCCGACAAGGGAAACUACACCUGUGUAGUUGAAAACAAACAUGGAAGCAUCAACCACACUUACCAGCUGGAUGUUGUUGAGCGUUCCCCCCACAGACCCAUCCUGCAGGCCGGACUGCCAGCCAAUCUCACUGCGGUGGUGGGCAGUGAUGUGGCGUUUGAGUGUAAGGUGUUCAGCGACCCCCAGCCUCACAUCCAGUGGCUGAAGCACAUCGAGGUCAAUGGGAGUCGCGUAGGCCCUGAUGGCUUACCCUACGUCCGCGUCCUCAAGCACUCUGGGGUCAAUAGCUCGGACACUCAGGUGUUGACCCUCUACAAUGUCACUGAGGAGGAGAGCGGGGAGUAUAUAUGUAAAGUGUCCAAUUAUAUAGGAGAGGCCAAUCAGUCGGCCUGGCUGACCAUCGUCAGGCAUGAGGCCCAAGCAGUCCCCCGCUCCCCACCACCCAACCAAACCUACCUGGAAGUGCUGAUCUACUGCGUGGGCUUCUUCCUCAUUGCUGUCAUGGUGGCCGUGGCCAUCAUCAUCAAGAUGCGCACCUCGUCCAAGAAAAGUGACUUCAACAGUCAGCUGGCUGUCCACAAGCUGGCUAAAAGCAUCCCCCUGCGCAGACAGGUAACAGUGUCAGUGGACUCUAGCUCUUCUCUCCACUCCGGGGUGAUGUUGGUGCGGCCCUCCCGCCUCUCGUCCAGCGGCUCUCCUAUGCUGUCUGGGGUGUCUGAGUACGAGCUGCCCCAGGACCCACGCUGGGAGCUGCCCAGGGACAGACUGGUGCUUGGGAAGCCCCUGGGAGAAGGCUGCUUUGGCCAGGUGGUGAUGGGAGAGGCUUUAGGGAUGGACAAAGAGAAGCCAAAUAGGGUCACCAAAGUGGCCGUCAAGAUGCUCAAAUCUGAUGCUACAGAGAAAGACCUGUCAGAUCUGAUCUCCGAGAUGGAGAUGAUGAAGAUCAUUGGGAAGCACAAGAACAUAAUUAACCUGCUGGGAGCCUGUACCCAGGAUGGCCCUCUUUAUGUUAUUGUGGAGUAUGCCUCCAAGGGAAACCUCCGGGAGUACCUGAGAGCUCGGCGUCCACCAGGCAUGGAGUACUGCUACAACCCUGACCAGGUGCCCAUAGAGAACAUGUCUAUCAAAGACCUGGUGUCCUGUGCCUACCAGGUGGCCCGCGGCAUGGAGUACCUGUCCUCUAAGAAGGUAACAUCAGGAUCCGACUCUACCUACAUCAGCACAUGUAUCCACCGAGACCUUGCUGCCCGCAACGUGCUGGUGACAGAGGACAACGUGAUGAAGAUCGCAGAUUUUGGCCUGGCCAGAGAUAUCCACCAUAUUGAUUACUAUAAGAAGACCACCAAUGGUCGUUUACCAGUCAAGUGGAUGGCCCCAGAAGCUCUAUUUGACCGGAUAUACACGCACCAAAGUGAUGUAUGGUCUUUCGGGGUGCUGCUGUGGGAGAUCUUCACCCUGGGGGGCUCGCCGUACCCGGGGGUCCCUGUAGAAGAGCUGUUCAAGCUGCUGAAGGAGGGCCACCGCAUGGACAAGCCCUCCACCUGCACUCACGAACUAUACAUGAUGAUGAGGGACUGCUGGCAUGCCGUUCCCUCUCACCGGCCCACGUUCAAACAGCUGGUGGAAGACCUGGACCGCACCCUGGCCAUGACGUCCAACCAGGAGUACUUGGAGCUGUCUGUGCCUCUGGACCAGUAUUCCCCCAGCUACCCCGACACUCGCAGCUCCACCUGUUCCUCUGGCGAGGACUCUGUCUUCUCCCACGAUGCUGGGGCUGAGGAGCCCUGCCUGCCAAAGUUCCCUCCCCAUUCCAACGGGGUGGCCCUCAAGAAGCGCUGAUACCUCACUCCCCUCAAACACCCUGACAUUCCUCUUACUGUCGUUCCUUCUCUGCACCGCUGGCCUGGUAUGAACUCUCCCAACCCUCCCAGAGACUAGGCAAAACACUGGUUUAGAGUGGGACAAGCUUAAUUCUGAAACUUUUAAACGUACCGGUUGGGCAUCAAGGACUCAAGGCCGCAGCAGUUUCUUGGCUCGUGAUUGAGGUGGAUAUGUUUUCGGGGCACUUUGCAUUGCUGGGAUUGUCUUUUUGUGUCAAACGGUGCAGGAGAAGGAAAGACUAAUUUCUCCACUUUGGGCAUUCCAUGGAACAAGAUAAACAGACCGUACUAAACUGAAAGAAUUAUGAAUUGGAUGGAUCUGAGUUAGGAUUAUGUCUGUUGUAUUUUUUCCAAUGUUCAUCAAUAAUAAAUGAAAGUAUUUUGCUUCUAAGACCAAAUCCAGAGAAUAUAUUAACAAGGGACAUUCAUUCAGUGCCUUCAGAAAGUGUUCACACCCCUUGACCUUUUUAAAAUGUUGUUGUGUUACAAAGUGGGAUUAAAAUAGAUUUAAUUAUCAUUUUUUGUCAACGAUCUAUACAAAAUAGUAAUAUCUAAGUGGAAGAAAAAUAUGUAAAAAUAUGAAAAAUAAAACACUAAUAUACCUUGAUUAGAUAAGUAUUUAUAUUCCUGAGUCAAUACAUGUUAUAAUCACCCUUGGCAGCGAUUCCAACUGUUAGUCUUUCCUGGAUUGUAAAAUAUCUGCCCAUUAUUCUUUAAAAAGUUAUUCAAACUCUGAAGUUCUUUGUGAUCAUUCCUAGACAGCCAUUUUCAAGUCUUGCCAUAGAUUUUCAAGCCAAUUUAAGUCAAAACUGUAACUAGGCCACUAAGGAACAUUUGAUGUCAUCUUGGACAGUGUACGCCAGUGUAUUUUUGGCCUUGUGUUUUACAUUAUUGUCCUGCUGAAAGGUGAAUUUGUCUCCCAGUGUCUGUUGGAAAGCAGACUGAACCAGAUUUCCCUCUAGGAUUUUGCCUGUGCUUAGCUCUAUCUGUUUAUUUUUAUCCCCCCCCCCCAAAAAAAAAACUCUAGUCCUUGCCGAUGACAAGCAUACCCAUAACACGAUGCAGCCAUCACCAUUCUU